AUGAGUGAGUUACAAAAGGCCUGGGCGAAGAGGAAACUCGACCCCAUGCACCCCCUGCCGGAGCCUCUCAACGACCUCGACGAGGAACCAGAGCACGACCAGGUCCCAGAGCUGCCGGACCACCCAGACGACGGCGACUCCUCCUCGGCCUCGUCCGCCUCGUCCGCCUCCUCAACAGGCACCGUCAUCCCGUCGCCCAGCCAGAACCUGUUCGCUCGGCCGCAAGGUGUGUCGCGGGGCCGCACGCUGGAGCAGAUCCCCUGGACGACGUACUUUGAGCGCGAGCUCUUCCUGAAGCAGCCCGGGGACGGCGAGGCCCAGGCCGAGGCCACCGUCACGUACCAUACCUACCUCAACUCGCCCGUGGACAAGGGGCCGCUAUUCGUCAUGCACCACGGCGCCGGCUCCUCGGGCCUCUCCUUCGCCGCCCUCUCGUCCGAAAUCCGGAAACGCCUCCCCAAUGCCGGCAUCCUCUCCCCCGACGCCCGGGGCCACGGUUCCACCUCCGUCACCGACGGCACCGGCCUGGACCUCAAGCUCGACAUCCUGACCGCGGACUUGUUCAACGUCAUCCAGCUGACCAAGGCCCGCAUGGGCUGGAAGGAGCUCCCGCCCGUCGUGCUGAUCGGGCACUCCCUCGGCGGCGCCGUCGUCACGGACCUCGCCAAGACGGGCCGCCUCGGCGCCGCGCUGCUGGGCUACGGCGUGCUCGACGUCGUCGAGGGCUCCGCCAUGGACGCCCUGCAGAGCAUGCUGACGUACCUCUCGACGCGGCCGGGCGGCUUCGUGAGCCUGCAGUCGGGCAUCGACUGGCACAUCCGCUCGCGCACGAUCCGCAACUCCGUCUCGGCGCGCACGUCGGUGCCGGCGCUGCUGGUAUUCGACGACCGCGCCGAUCCGACGCGGCCGUGGCGGUGGCGGACGGACCUCGCGGCGACGCAGCCGUUCUGGGAGGGCUGGUUCGUGGGUCUGAGCAAGAAGUUCCUCGAAGCACGCGGCGGGAAGCUGUUGUUGUUGGCGGGGACGGAUAGGCUGGACACGGAGCUGACCAUCGGCCAGAUGCAGGGUAAAUACGCUCUGCAGGUCUUCCCUGAAGCGGGCCACUUCAUCCAUGAGGACCUGCCGGAGAAGACGGCGCUGGCGGUGGUGGACUUUUACAGGCGCAACGACAGGAGCGCGCUGGUGCUGCCGCCAAAGGUGGGCGACCUGUUGAAGCAGGGCAAGAGGGUCUAG